AUGGCCGUCCGGCCCGGCCUGUGGCCAGCGCUCCUGGGCAUAGUCCUCACCGCCUGGCUCCACGGCUCGGGUGCCCAGCAGAGUGCCACGGUGGCCAACCCGGUACCUGGCACCAACCCAGACCUGCUCCCCCACUUCCUGGUGGAGCCCGAGGAUGUGUACAUCGUCAAGAACAAGCCGGUGCUGCUGGUGUGCAAGGCCAUGCCUGCCACGCAGAUCUUCUUCAAGUGCAACGGGGAGUGGGUACGCCAGGUGGACCACGUGAUAGAGCGCAGCACGGACGACAGCAGUGGGCUGCCCGCCAUGGAGGUCCGCAUCAACGUCUCGAGGCAGCAGGUGGAGAAGGUGUUCGGGCUGGAGGAGUACUGGUGCCAAUGUGUGGCGUGGAGCUCCUCAGGCACCACCAAGAGUCAGAAGGCCUACAUCCGCAUUGCCUAUUUGCGCAAGAACUUCGAGCAGGAGCCGCUGGCCAAGGAGGUGUCCCUGGAGCAGGGCAUCGUGCUGCCCUGCCGCCCACCAGAGGGCAUCCCCCCGGCUGAGGUGGAGUGGCUCCGGAACGAGGACCUGGUGGACCCGUCCCUGGACCCCAAUGUGUACAUCACAAGGGAGCACAGCCUGGUGGUGCGGCAGGCCCGCCUGGCCGACACGGCCAACUACACCUGCGUGGCCAAGAACAUCGUAGCGCGUCGCCGCAGCGCCUCAGCUGCUGUCAUCGUCUACGUGGAUGGCAGCUGGAGCCCAUGGAGCAAGUGGUCGGCCUGUGGGCUCGACUGCACCCACUGGCGGAGUCGUGAGUGUUCUGACCCAGCACCCCGCAAUGGAGGCGAGGAGUGCCGGGGCACUGACCUGGAUACCCGAAACUGUACCAGCGACCUCUGUGUGCACACUGCUUCCGGGCCCGAGGACGUGGCCCUGUACGUGGGCCUCAUUGCUGUGGCUGUGUGCCUCCUGCUGCUGCUGCCCGUCCUCAUCCUCGUUUACUGCCGCAAGAAGGAAGGGCUAGACUCAGACGUGGCCGACUCGUCCAUCCUCACCUCAGGCUUCCAGCCCGUCAGCAUCAAACCCAGCAAAGCAGACAAUCCCCAUCUGCUCACCAUCCAGCCAGACCUCAGCACCACCACCACCACCUGCCAGGGCAGUCUGUGUCCCCGGCAGGACGGGCCAAGCCCCAAGUUCCAGCUCGCCAAUGGGCACCUGCUCAGCCCGCUGGGUGGUGGGCGCCACACGCUGCACCACAGCUCGCCCACCUCUGAGGCCGAGGACUUCGUCUCCCGCCUCUCUACCCAGAACUACUUCCGCUCCCUGCCCCGCGGCACCAGCAACAUGACCUAUGGGACCUUCAACUUCCUCGGGGGCCGGCUGAUGAUCCCUAAUACAGGGAUCAGCCUCCUCAUCCCCCCAGAUGCCAUACCCCGAGGAAAGAUCUACGAGAUCUACCUCACGCUGCACAAGCCAGAGGACGUGAGGUUGCCCCUAGCCGGCUGUCAGACCCUGCUGAGUCCCAUCGUUAGCUGCGGGCCCCCUGGAGUCCUGCUCACCCGGCCGGUCAUCCUCGUCAUGGACCACUGUGGGGAGCCCUGCCCGGAGAGCUGGAGCCUGCGCCUCAAAAAGCAGUCGUGUGAGGGCAGCUGGGAGGAUGUGCUGCACCUGGGCGAGGAGGCCCCGUCCCACCUCUACUACUGCCAGCUGGAGGCCGGCGCCUGCUAUGUCUUCACCGAGCAGCUGGGCCGCUUUGCCCUGGUGGGAGAAGCCCUCAGCGUGACCGCAACCAAGCGCCUCAAGCUGCUUCUGUUUGCCCCCAUGGCCUGCACCUCCCUCGAGUACAACAUCCGAGUCUACUGCCUACACGACACCCACGACGCACUCAAGGAGGUGGUACAGCUGGAGAAGCAGCUGGGGGGACAGCUGAUCCAGGAGCCUCGAGUCCUGCACUUCAAGGACAGUUACCACAACCUGCGCUUGUCCAUCCACGAUGUGCCCAGCUCCCUGUGGAAGAGCAAGCUCCUCGUCAGUUACCAGGAGAUCCCCUUUUAUCAUAUCUGGAAUGGCACGCAGCAGUACCUGCACUGCACCUUCACCUUGGAGCGCGUCAGCCCCAGCACCAGUGACCUGGCCUGCAAGGUGUGGGUGUGGCAGGUGGAAGGCGAUGGGCAGAGCUUCAGUAUCAACUUCAACAUCACCAAGGACACAAGAUUUGCUGAGCUGCUAGCUCUGGAGAGUGAAGGGGGGGUCCCAGCCCUAGUGGGCCCCAGUGCCUUCAAGAUCCCCUUCCUCAUUCGGCAGAAGAUCAUUACCAGCCUCGACCCGCCCUGUAGCCGGGGUGCCGACUGGCGGACUCUGGCCCAGAAACUCCACCUGGACAGCCAUCUCAGCUUCUUUGCCUCCAAGCCCAGCCCCACAGCCAUGAUCCUCAACCUGUGGGAGGCGCGGCACUUCCCCAAUGGCAACCUCAGCCAGCUGGCUGCAGCAGUAGCCGGACUGGGCCAGCCAGACGCUGGCCUCUUCACGGUGUCAGAGGCAGAGUGCUGAGGCCGGCUAGGCCUACAACGCCUACACUCUCACCAGCUUUGGCACCCGCCAGGGACGGGCAGAAGCCAGAUGGGGCCCUUCCCGCACACUCAGGGGGAGCUGUGUGGACAGGCCCCCUCCUGGCACACACUGUCCCUUGACACUGGCCCUUCAGACCCUGCCCACACUUCUGCCCCUCCGAGGCCUGCCUGGCCAGGCUGGCACUGCCACCUGCUCUGACCCUGCCCCAGCCUCUGGGGCCCUGGGUGGACAGUGCCUAGAGCCCAAGCCAGGCCCAGCCCAUCUGUGUGUGUGUAUGUGCGUGUG